AUGUGUACAGUACGUUCGUCCAAUACACAGAUCGGUGCAACCAAUUGCCAGCCAUUUGUUUUGGUAGAUAAAGAAAAUCCUGCAUCGACGAUAACACAAGAUGAAUUGGCAAUUCGUAAACCAUGGAAUAAAUAUGGAAUUGUCGAUGACCAUGUAACAACAAGAGACUUGCUAUCUGCCUUUGAAGGUGAAUGUAACCCUACAAUGAUCGACGCACCAAAUACGUACAUACCUGAUGCAAAUAUAUCGAGAAACGAUGAUAGGCAAAACUUCGAUAUUGGGACAUCCUCUGGUCCACAACAUGGUCAAUACUGCGAUUUUGGUGAUGCAACAAAUAAAUGCGUCCAUUGUGGGGCUUUGUUUUGGUUUGAAGAAAGGAAAAAGAAUUUGUCAACAAAAGCAUCUCCACUGUUUAUGUUGUGUUGCAACAAUGGGAAGAUCAAGUUGCCGGAGAAUAAGUUGCCACCAAAAUGUAUAUUUGAUCUCUUUUUCGGCAAUGACGAAUUAUCAAAAGAAUUUCUACACAACAUUAGGACCUACAACAACAUGUUCUGCUUCACAUCCAUGGGAGGAAAAAUUGACAAGAGCGUGAACAAGGGGGGAGCACCUCCAAUUUUUCGAUUAAGUGGUCAAAACUAUCACCUCAUGGGCACUCUACUUCCAGAACAAGGCAAAGAACCGCAUUUUGCCCAGUUAUAUAUAUACGACACGGCAAAUGAAAAGAUCAACCGUAUCAAUGCUGUGAGGGGUAGUGGUGAGCAAGAUGACAUUCAUGUAGAAAUAGUGAAUGUCAUUCAGAAAGACCUCGAUGAAAAUAAUGUUUUGGUUAAGUCUUUUCGGAUGGCUAUGUCUGAGUUGGAUAUUAAUCCAUGCGCCGAGGUCAAAAUCAAGUUGUUGGGAAAACGAAAUAGAGAUACGAGGACCUAUAAUCUGCCGCAAGUUUCAGAAGUAGCAGCGUUAAUUGUGGGAGAUCUGGAUACCAGUAUUGGAGAGCGUGAUAUUAUUGUUCAAUCGAAGGGUGGCCACCUACAGAGGAUAAGUGAAUUAAAUCCUUCAUACUUGCCGCUGCAAUACCCUAUUUUGUUUCCAUAUGGCGAAAACGGUUAUCGGGAAGACAUUUCAUUCGCGGACGUUGUAGGCAAGCGCUCUUCAGGUGGUAGGCAGAGGAUUAGUCCCAGGGAGUUUUUUUGCUACCGCAUACAGUCUAGACCGUCAGCUCCGAGUACCAUAUUAUUUGCAAAGCGGUUGUUCCAACAAUUUGUUGUAGAUGGCUACACAAUGGUUGAGUCUGGAAGACUGAUUAAUAUAAGGACACACCAAAAAAGCCUAAGGUGUGAGAGUUAUAGUGGAUUGACUGAUGCUUUGACAAGGGGUGAAUUAAGCCCUGCAGCCCAAGGUCGCAGAAUAAUACUACCUUCAAGUUUUACGGGUGGUGCUAGAUACAUGAUACAAAACUACCAAGAUGCAAUGGCAAUAUGUAGAUGGAUUGGAUACCCAGAUUUAUUUAUAACCUUUACAUGCAAUCCGAAGUGGCCUGAGGUGCAACGCUUUUUAAAAGACCAAAGGUUGAAGCCAGAAGAUCGGCCGGACAUUAUUUGCCGGUUAUUCAAGAUUAAGUUGGAUGCUUUGAUAGCUGAUUGUCGAAAGAAUAAACUAUUUGGCCCUGUGGCUGGAGUCAUAUAUACAAUUGAGUUUCAAAAGCGAGGUCUUCCACAUGCUCAUAUAUUACUUUUUUUGGAGAAAAGUAAAGAAGUUAGGCAAGUUCUUACUCUAGACAACAUAAUUUGCGCAGAGAUUCCAGAUGAAAAAAAAGAUGCAGAGUAUUACCAAGCGGUAGAGGAAUUUAUGAUGCAUGGUCCAUGUGGAAAAGUGAGGACCAAUUCUCCAUGUAUGAAGGAGAGACAAUGGCAGUGUAGUUACAAAGAACGGGAUCGCCUUGACAACAGGUAUGUGGUACCGCACAAUAGAUAUUUAUUGCUCAAGUACAAGGCUCAUAUAAAUGUCGAGUGGUGCAACCAGUCACGGUCAAUCAAGUACCUGUUCAAGUAUGUUAACAAGGGUCAUGAUCGGGUAACCGCCGAAUUUUACAAAAGAUGCAAUGAUGAAGAGAAUGACAAAGCAAUAGAUGAGAUAAAUAUGUACUAUGAUUGUAGGUACAUAUCCCCGUGUGAAGCGGUCUGGCGUCUGUUUGGUUUUGAUAUACAACUUCGGGCGCCUUCGGUGGAAAGGUUAAGCUUUCAUCACCUUCCUAAUCAACAGAGUGUGAUAUUUGCAGAUGAUGAUGCUGUUGAGAACAUUGUGAAUAGACCUACGAUAGCACAGAGCAUGUUUUUAGAAUGGUUUGAAGCUAAUAAAACAUACACCGAUGCGAGAGAGCUUACUUAUGUUGAGAUGCCAACAAGAUUCGUUUGGAAGAAAGACCUUAGAAAAUGGCAGCCACGAAAGAAAGGGUUCUCAAUAGGAAGUAUAUUCUAUGUCCCGCCAGCUACUGGUGAAAUUUUCUAUUUGAGGUGUUUGCUGAACAAAGUCCGCGGCCCUAAAAGUUAUGAAGAUAUUAGGACUGCAAAUGGGGUGCAAUAUGACUCAUUCCGAGAUGCGUGUUAUGCAAGGGGUUUAGGUGAUGAUGACAACGAAUAUGUUGAUGCAAUAAAUGAAGCCAGUCAUUGGGCGUCAGCAGAUCAAUUGAGGAGAUUGUUUGUGACAUUGCUAAUGAGCAGUUGCAUGGGGAAACCGGAAAUAGUUUGGCAUGCCGUUUGGCAACAUCUAUCAGACGAUGCACAAUUCAACGUCCGUAGACAACUGCAGAACAGAGAUUUUGUGUUGACCGAUUCGCAUAAAAUGAACUUUGCUUUAGUAGAGAUUGAGAAGCUAUUAUCUAAUCAUGGUAAGAGUUUGAAGGACUAUCCUGAGAUGCCAACGGCAAAUUUUGGUGCGUUAAACAUUAUUGCAAAUAGGUUUAUUCAAGAAGAAUUAGCAUACGAUUGUGGCGAACAGGAGAAAGAGAAUCAAGAAUUGGAAAGGCAGUUAACAGACGAACAAAAGGCAAUAUACAAUGAAGUGUUAAAUGACGUGGAUCGCCAGGAAGGGGGGUUAUUCUUCGUUUAUGGUUAUGGAGGGACAGGUAAGACUUUCUUGUGGCGAGCACUUUCUUCCGCAUUAAGGUCUAAGAGUCAAAUAGUGUUAAAUGUUGCUUCUAGUGGCAUAGCUUCGCUUUUAUUGCCUGGUGGCAGGACGGCACAUUCUCGGUUUGCUAUACCGAUAUUUGUUAAUGAAGAUUCCACAUGCAACAUACGUAACGGCAGUGAACUGGCAGAACUUCUUGUGCAAACAAAGUUGAUAAUAUGGGACGAAGCCCCAAUGAUGCAUAAAUUCUGCUUUGAAGCCCUGGAUCGAACUAUGCGGGAUUUGAUGCGCUUCAUAAAUCCAAUGAGUUCUGAUAUGACAUUCGGUGGUAAGACAGUUGUUUUGGGGGGCGAUUUCAGGCAAAUUUUACCAGUCAUUCCAAAGGGUACUAGACCGGAUAUAGUUCGAGCGAGCAUUAGCUCAUCCUAUCUAUGGAAAUCCUGUAAAGUCCUAAGGUUGACUAAGAAUCUACGUUUGAAGAGUGUUCAAUCAGAAUACGAGUGCAAGGAGAUCGAGGAAUUUGCAAAAUGGAUAGCUAAUAUAGGUGAUGGAAUUAUUGGCACUUUCCCCAAUUUCCGACUGGGAAUUGCCGAUUUGUCAUAUCUUAAUCAUAGUGCAAUUUUAGCUCCAACAUUGGAUGUGGUAGAUGCCGUUAACCAAUACAUGAAUGAUCAUAAUCCUUCUGAGGGUAAGACAUACUUGAGUUGUGAUUCUGUGUGUAAGUCAGAUGCCAAUGUUGACAUGUUAGCGGAUUUGCACACUCCCGAAUUCUUGAGUACCUUGAGAUGUUCUGGAGUACCAAAUCAUGCAUUGACAUUGAAAGUUGGAUCACCUGUUAUGCUAUUGUGA